GUGGGCCUUAAUUAAAGCACCUGUUAUGCCGGGGUGUCGGCGUGGGAAAGCGGCCUAAAGCAGUCCUCCAUGUCCCCGCUGUAGUUGCUCUCACCUGCUGCCCGCCACCAUGCCCUUGAACGCCGGAGACAACGGCUACGGAAGCGUGGCCUCCCCGGGCCUCUCGGCCAGCGAAGCCGGUUCGGAGACGGCCUCUCUGCUGGUCCCGGACCUCGCACCGCCGGACCAGCCGUGGCGGCCUAUGAGCAAGGAGGACCUAGAGGUGAGCGCUGGGAGUCCCGGCUGGAGGAGGGUGCGCUGCUACCUGGUGCUGCUCUUCUGGCUGACUUGGUUGGCCAUGUUGGCUACCGCCGUCGCCAUCAUCGUCGCCAGCCCGCGGCCGGUGCCUGUAAGGCUCAGCUGGUGGCAGAAAUCCUUAUUUUUUCAACUGCAGCCUGACCUAUCGACGGGGCAACAAUCUGAGGCUGUUUGUGAGCAACUUCCCUACUUCAAGUCUUUGGGCAUUAGCGGGCUCAUCCUGCGGGGCUUCUUUGGUCCACGGUCUGUAUCCCCGGUAAACGUCACUGAGACCGGGGAGCGGUGUGGAACACUGCCCCAGAUCCAGCAUCUGCUCAGCGAAAGCGACAAAGCUGGCCUCAAAGUGCUGUUGGACGUCUGUGACGCGCAGAUUUUGGAUUCUCGGGAUGAAGUCACGCAGCAUGCCCUUCGAUUCUGGUUGGAGAAGAAAGUGGCUGGAUUUUUAAUAUGUGAUACAGAUGAAGCUUAUUCAGAAGAAACUCUGUUGGCAUGGAGAAGUAUCUUGAAGGAGUUCAGCCAAGAAGAAGAAGAAGAAAGGAUUGUUGUCGUGAAACAAACCGGAGACCUCCUCCUACCUCCGGGAGGCUCCGCCCAGCAGCGGCUGAACAUCACCUUGGUGGAUGUGGUCAUGAGGUCAGUGCUGCCGGCCUCGCCUCUCCCGCUGUCCGCCCGGGAAGUGGCAGUCGCCAUUGAGCGCCACCUGCAAACACCUGAACACACGUGGCUCGGCUGGCAGGUCGGAGGCAAAGCUCCUCAUGACUUGAGGAACCUGCUGCUGGUGUUGAUGAUGACCCUGCCAGGGACGCCUGCAGUCCAGUACCAGGAACUGGACCCAGCACAGAGAGUUUCUCCUCAUGAUGGCUCAUUGCAAGGAGCAAAUAAUAGUGAAACAGCAUUCAAAGCCAAGCCGCGGCGUUCCACAGCGGCCCUCCUCUCCUCCCUCAGUCACAUCCGAGCCCGAGAGGAAGCGCUCCUCUUCGGAUCCUUCACCUUCCUCCCCUUCAAUGCCUCCUCCCCCUCAAACGCCACCCUGUCCCCCGCCCUGGCCUUCCUGCGCUCGUGGGGCUGCGUCCACUUCCUGGUUCUGAUCAACGUCGGACCCGAGCAUCACGCCCUGGAUCCCGCCUGGGCGCCCAGCUUGCCCGAGGCCGGCGUCUUCGUGUCCAGCUCUGAGAUGGAGCGCCUGGGGGCCGUCACCCUGAAGACGCUGGUGCUGCAACCCCGUGAGGCCGUUGUUAUCAAACUGUUUGAGCCGGGAAAAUACUCAUAAACAAAACAAAGAAUGGAAUAAAUAACACUUAUAUUAUUUUUAGUAACUGACAAUAAAGUGGUUAAAUACUCACUUGUGCAUCCGUGCUUAUCAUUAGACUAAAAAUCAGAGUGUUCCAAACCAACCACAAGCUAAUUUGUCUUUGUGUCAAAGUGUAUUCUCAGCCUUAUGAUUACAGUAGUAGUGCACUGAGCUGCAACACCUAGUCUGCCACUAGGUGGGGGUAGAGCGACACAACCCCGCUGCUAUGGCAACACACAAAAAACAUUGUUUUUGGAAAGACAAGUGAAGUUUUCACUGAUGACUAAUGGUUGUAAACUCAAAUCAACUCUAAGACGAAUGUUUUUCAAUCUUUAUUGAAUUAAAAUUUCCAUUUUCUCUGGAAUUAAAUACAGUCAAGCCAACGUCUGUACUAUUUGUUGCCUGUGUUUUUAAAGAUAUGAAUGUCCAUUAUUUUAUUUGCCAUUUUCAUAGUUUAUUUUUUGACACAUUACCGAUAUUAUUGUGAGAAUAAAAACGUUAUUGCACA